AUGGCGCAACCGGGCGACAAGGAGAUUGAGGCGACUAUGGCUAGCAGUAUCCAGGAGCGUGGCCACAGCGGCAUCUCUCGCCGUGUCUCUGGAGACUCUGCCCUCACCGCAAGGGACAUCGGCACGAACUCGACCAACAACGACGCUCAUGAGCACGCUGGAAUCUCGGUAGAACAAGCGCAAGCCGAGUUUGCCGAGUUGCAACGAGAGCUGUCGCGUGUCAGCCGCAAAACUAGCAGGAAGCAGACCGCCGACCCCGAGAAGUCUGUGCCCGUGGAAUCCUUCAACUCCGACAAUGACUCGGUGUUCGACCUCGAGACUGCGCUGCGUGGUGAGCUGGUUGCUGGCCAGGAAGUCGGCAUCAAGGAAAAGCACAUCGGUGCCUGCUGGGAUGGACUUACGGUGAAGGGAAUCGGCGGCACAGCCAACUACGUCAAGACAUUCCCCAACGCCUUUAUCGACUUCUUCGACAUCAUCACACCAAUGGCGGGGCUACUGGGUUUGCGAAAGAAGCCAGUGGAAGCGACUCUGCUUGACAAUUUCCAGGGAGUUUGCAAGCCCGGAGAGAUGGUGCUCGUCCUGGGUAAGCCUGGUUCCGGCUGCACAACCUUUCUCAAAACGAUAGCAAAUCAGCGCUACGGGUACACGAACAUCGCCGGCGAUGUCUACUACGGACCGUGGGAGUCGAAGGACUUCAAGCGAUACAGAGGCGAGGCCGUGUACAACGCCGAAGACGACAUUCACCACGCCACCCUCACUGUCGAACAGACGCUCGGGUUUGCGCUCGACACCAAAAUGCCCGCCAAGCGACCGGGAAACAUGUCCAAGGCAGAGUUCAAGGAGCACGUCAUUACCACGCUCCUCAAGAUGUUCAACAUUGAACAUACCCGCAAGACGGUGGUUGGCGAUCACUUUGUCCGUGGCAUUUCUGGCGGCGAACGGAAGCGAGUGUCGAUUGCCGAGAUGAUGAUCACAAAUGCCUGCAUCUUAUCAUGGGACAACAGCACCCGAGGCCUUGAUGCCAGCACGGCGCUCGAUUUCGUCAAGUCUCUCCGCAUUCAGACCAACCUCUAUAAGACGACUACGUUUGUCUCACUGUACCAGGCCUCGGAGAAUAUUUACAAGCUCUUUGACAAAGUGAUGGUCAUCGAUGAGGGAAAGCAGGUCUACUUUGGUCCCGCGUCCGAGGCACGUUCCUAUUUCGAGGGUCUAGGCUUUGCACCCAGACCGCGACAGACUACGCCCGACUAUGUGACUGGCUGUACCGACGAGUUCGAGCGUCAGUAUGCCACCGGACGAUCCGAGACGAACGCCCCGCAUAGCCCCAAUACGCUUCUCGAGGCAUUCCGGAGCUCUCCCUACCAGCGUAAGAUCGAACACGAAAUCGCAGAAUACAAAGCAAACUUGGAGAAUGAAAAGCAGAAACACGAGGACUUCCAAAUUGCCGUCAAGGAGAGCAAACGCGGCUCGUCAAAGCGGUCGGUCUACCAAGUCGGCUUUCACCUCCAGGUGUGGGCGUUGAUGAAGCGCCAAUUCACACUCAAGCUCCAGGAUCGCUUCAACCUCACCUUGGCAUAUGUGAGAAGUUUCAUCAUCGCCAUCGUUCUCGGUACACUCUACCUCAAUCUCGGCAAGACAUCCGCCAGCGCGUUCAGCAAGGGUGGUCUGCUCUUCAUCGCUCUACUCUUCAACGCGUUCCAAGCUUUCUCGGAACUCGCCGGUACCAUGCUUGGAAGGGCGAUUGUCAACAAGCACAAAGCUUACGCAUUUCACCGUCCAUCCGCGCUGUGGAUUGGACAGAUUCUGGUCGACCAGGCGUUUGCCGCUGUCGAAAUCAUGAUGUUCUCCAUCAUCGUCUACUUCAUGACAGGACUUGUGCGGGAUGCCGGCGCCUUCUUCACCUUCUACCUGCUGAUCCUGUCGGGAAAUAUCGCCAUGACCCUAUUCUUCCGAAUCAUUGGCUGUUUGAGCCCAGACUUCGAUUACGCCAUCAAAUUCGCCGUCGUCGUCAUCACGCUUUUCGUCACGACCUCUGGAUACAUCAUCCAGUACCAGUCCGAGAAGGUGUGGCUGCGCUGGAUCUACUGGGUCAAUGUUCUGGGCCUCAUCUUCAGCUCUCUGAUGCAGAAUGAGUUCCAGCGCAUUGACAUGACUUGCACCUCUGAUUCGCUCAUCCCCGCUGGGCCGGAGUAUACAGACAUCAACCACCAGGUCUGCACUCUCGCAGGCUCCAAGUCGGGAACCACAUUCGUUCGCGGCCCGGAUUACAUUGCGCAAGGCUUCUCAUAUUACCCUGGAGAUCUCUGGAGAAACUGGGGUAUCGUUGUGGGCAUCAUCAUUCUUUUCCUGAUUCUCAACGUCGUCCUGGGUGAGAUGGUCAAGUUUGGCAUGGGCGGCAACUCCUUCAAGGUCUACCAGCGACCGAACAAGGAACGCAAACAACUCAACGAGCGCUUAAUGGAGAAAAAGGAAACGAGGCGCAAGGACAGGUCUAACGAAGCCGGCUCGGACCUGCGGAUGAAGUCAGAGAGCAUCCUUACUUGGGAAAACCUCAAUUACGACGUCCCCGUGCCCGAAGGCACUCGACGGCUCCUCAACAAUGUCUUUGGAUACGUGCGCCCAGGAGAGUUGACCGCCCUGAUGGGUGCGUCGGGUGCUGGCAAGACUACUCUGUUAGACGUUCUGGCCUCUCGAAAGAACAUCGGUGUCAUCCAAGGCGAUGUCCUGGUGGACGGCGUGAAGCCCGGGAAGCAGUUCCAGCGAUCGACAUCGUACGCCGAGCAACUCGACUUGCACGAGCCCACACAGACGGUCCGCGAGGCUCUGCGAUUUUCUGCCGAUCUACGACAGCCCUUCGAAACUUCCAUCGCCGAAAAGCAUGCCUACGUGGAAGAGAUCAUUGGGCUUUUGGAAAUGGAAACGAUGGCCGACUGCAUCAUCGGAACCGCAGAAGCGGGCUUGACCGUGGAGCAACGCAAGCGAGUAACGAUUGGCGUCGAGCUGGCUGCCAAGCCGGAGUUGCUUCUUUUCCUGGAUGAGCCGACGUCUGGCCUCGACGGUCAGAGCGCGUACAAUAUCGUGCGGUUCCUCAAGAAGUUGGCUGCUGCCGGCCAGGCCAUCCUCUGCACUAUCCAUCAACCGAACGCCGCCCUCUUCGACAUGUUUGACCGGCUUCUGCUCCUGCAGCGCGGAGGGCGCACCGUCUACUUUGGCGAUACUGGUGAUGAUGCGAGUAUUUUGCGAGCAUACUUCAAGCGCCAUGGUGCGGAGGCUGCUCCCACGGAUAAUGUCGCCGAGUUCAUGCUCGAGGCCAUUGGCGCCGGAAGCACCCCGCGUGUGGGCAAUCGCGACUGGGCGGACAUCUGGGAGGAAAGCCCCGAGCUGGCUCAAGCGAAGGACCAGAUCGUAAAUCUCAAGCGAGAGAGGGCUGCUGCGGCGCGCGAGGCCCGUCCCGAACUCGAGAGAGAAUAUGCCUCCCCGAUGCGCCAUCAGCUCAACAUUGUGUGCCGGCGGAUGUUCCGAGCUUUCUGGCGGUCUCCCAACUACCUCUUCACUCGCCUGUUCAACCAUUUCGCCGUUGCCUUUAUCAGCGGUCUGACAUACCUCAACCUCGACGACUCGCGCUCUUCUCUGCAGUACACCGUCUUCGUCAUGUUCCAAGUCACCGUCCUGCCGGCUCUCAUCAUCUCCCAGGUGGAGGUCAUGUUCCAUAUCAAGAGAGCGCUCUUCUUCAGAGAAGCCUCGUCGAAGAUGUACUCGCCGAUUACCUUUGCCACGGCCAUUGUCACGGCCGAGCUCCCAUAUUCCGUUCUCUGCGCAGUUGUGUUCUACAUCUGCCUGUACUUCAUGCCUGGUCUUCAAGCGACGCCUUCGCGCGCGGGGUACCAGUUCUUCAUGAUCCUCAUCACUGAGGUGUUCGCCGUGACCAUGGCUCAGGGCUUGGCCUCGAUGACACCUUCACCACGAAUUUCCGCGCAGUUCGAUCCGUUCAUCAUCAUCAUCUUUGCGCUCUUCUGCGGCGUGACGAUCCCGGCGCCACAGAUGCCCGGUUUCUGGCGCGCGUGGCUGUACCAGCUGGAUCCGUUUACGCGCCUGAUCGGCGGCAUGGUGACAACGGCUUUGCACGGCCUUAGUGUCGUUUGCAAGCCGCACGAGCUUAACCAGUUCACGGCCCCGGAGAAUAGCACCUGUGGCGAGUACAUGCAGCCGUUCUUUGCCAAUGGCGGGAGCGGAUACCUCGUGAACAACAGCACGCGCGACUGCGAGUACUGCGCCUACAAGGUCGGAGACGAGUUCUACAAGCCCCUGAACAUGUCCUUUGCGAACCGCUGGAGGGACCUGGGCAUUUACAUUGCAUUUAUUGGAAGCAACUUGAUCAUUUUGUUCAUGGCGACUCGUUUCUUGAACUUCAACAAGCGGUAA